GGGCCGUCACCGCCGUGGCCGCCGCCUGCGUGGCCUCUGCCCGCGCCGAAGUGAACCUGCUGGAUACGGCCACUAUCCCUGGGGACUGGGGCUGGCUCACCUAUCCUGCCCACGGGUGGGACUCCAUCAAUGAGAUGGACGAAUUCUUCAGUCCCAUCCACACGUACCAGGUCUGCAACGUCAUGAGCCCCAACCAGAACAACUGGCUGAGGACCAACUGGAUGCCCCGGGAUGGGGCCCGGCGGGUAUAUGCGGAGGUCAAGUUCACGCUGAGAGACUGCAACAGCAUGCCGGGAGUCCUGGGCACCUGCAAGGAGACCUUCAACCUCUACUACCUGGAGUCCGACAGGGACCUGGGCCCCAGCACCCAGGAGCGCCAGUUCGUCAAGAUCGACACCAUCGCGGCUGACGAGAGCUUCACGGGCGCCGACCUGGGCACCCGACGCCUUAAGCUGAACACGGAGGUGCGGGGAGUGGGGCCUCUGAGCAAACGGGGCUUCUACCUGGCCUUCCAGGACAUCGGGGCCUGCCUCGCCAUCCUGUCCCUCCGCGUUUACUACAAGAAGUGCCCCGCCACGGUGCGCAACCUGGCGGCCUUCUCGGAGGCGGUGACGGGCGCCGACUCGUCCUCCCUGGUGGAGGUGCGGGGCGAGUGUGUCCGGCAUUCGGAGGAGAGGGACACGCCAAAGAUGUACUGCAGCGCCGAGGGGGAGUGGUUGGUGCCCAUCGGCAAGUGUGUCUGCGGGGCCGGCUACCAGGAGCACCGGGAUGCGUGUGUGGCCUGUGAGCAGGGAUUCUACAAGUCGGCGCCUGGGGAUCAGCUGUGUUCCAGGUGCCCACUGCACAGCCACUCGCCAGCGCCAGCGGCCCGAGCCUGCCCCUGUGACCCCAACUACUACCGAGCCGCCCGGGACCCCCCGUCCUCAGACUGCACGCGACCUCCCUCUGCCCCCAUUAACCUCAUCUCCAGUGUGAACGGGACCUCGGUGACCCUGGAGUGGGGCCCUCCUCUGGACCGAGGAGGCCGCAGCGACGUCACGUACAACGUGAUCUGCCGGCGGUGCGCCGGGGCCCUGGCCCUGUGCCAGGCCUGCGGGGGCACCGUCCGCUUCCUGCCCCAACAGACCAGCCUGGUACAGGCCUCUCUGACCGUGACCAACCUGCUGGCCCACAUGAACUAUUCCUUCUGGGUCGAGGCCGUCAAUGGGGUGUCCGACCUGAGUCUGGAGCCGCGCCAUGCCACGUCGGUCAACAUCACCACGAACCAGGCGGCCCCGUCCCAGGUGGUGGUCCUCCGCCAGGAGAGGACUGGCCAGAACAGCGUGACCCUGCUGUGGCAUGAACCCGAGAGGCCCAACGGCAUCAUCCUGGAGUACGAGAUCAAAUACUACGAGAAGGACAAGGAGAUGCAGAGCUACUCCACCCUCAAGGCCAAGACCACCAGUGCCACGGUUGCCGGCCUGAAGCCGGCCACGCACUACGUGUUUCAGGUGCGGGCCCGCACGUCUGCCGGCUGCGGGCGGUUCAGCCAGACGGUGGAGGUGCAGACCGGAAAGCCCACGGGACUACGCUACGACACUCGCACCAUCGUCUGGAUCUGCCUGACCCUCAUCACCGGCCUCGUCCUCCUGCUGCUGCUGCUCAUCUGCAAGAAGAGGCACUGUGGCUACAGCAAAGCCUUCCAGGACCCUGAUGAGGAGAAGAUGCACUAUCAGCAGAAUGGCCAGGCCCCUCCCCCGGCCCUCCUUCCGCUGCACACAACCCCAGGGAAGUGCUCGGAGCCCCAGUUCUACACGGACCCUCACACCUACGAGGACCCCAGCCGAAUUCGCUGCGGGGUCACCCGGGAGAUCGAGGCCUCUAUGAUCCGGAUCGAGAGAAUCAUUGGCUCUGGAGAGUCUGGAGAGGUCUGCUAUGGCUGGCUCCAGCUACCCGGCAGGCGGGAGGUGCCCGUGGCCAUCAAGGCCCUGAAGGCCGGCUACUCUGAGCGGCAGCGCCGGGACUUCCUCAGCGAAGCCUCCAUCAUGGGCCGCUUCGACCACCCCAACAUCAUACGUCUGGAGGGCGUUGUCACCCGCAGCCGCCUGGCCAUGAUUGUGACCGAGUACAUGGAAAAUGGCUCCUUGGAUGACUUCCUGCGCACCCGUGAUGGGCAGUUCACCGUGGUGCAGCUGGCGUGCAUGCUGAGGGGCGUGGCGGCCGGCAUGCGCUACCUCUCCGACCUGGGCUACGUGCACCGGGACCUGGCCGCCCGCAACGUCCUGGUCAAUGGCAACCUGGUCUGCAAAGUGUCCGACUUUGGCCUCACGCGGGUCCUGGAGGACGACCCCGAUGCCGCCUACACCACCUCGGGCGGGAAGAUCCCCAUCCGCUGGACGGCUCCGGAGGCCAUCGCCUUCCGCAAGUUCUCCUCGGCCAGCGACAUCUGGAGCUUUGGCGUAGUCAUGUGGGAGGUCCUGGCCUACGGCGAGCGGCCCUAUUGGAACAUGAACAACAGGGAUGUCAUCAACUCGGUGGAGGAGGGGUACCGGCUGCCGGCCCCCAUGGGCUGCCCCAAGGCUCUGCACCAGCUCAUGCUGGACUGCUGGCACAAGGACCGCAGCCAGCGCCCCCGCUUCCCUCACAUCGUUGGUGUCCUCGACCAACUCAUCCGCAGCCCCGAGAACCUCAGGGUCACCGCCACGGUCAACCGUUGUCCCCCACCGGCCCUCGCCCGCAGCUGCUUUGACCUGCGCAGCGGUGUGACGGUGGACGAUUGGCUGGACUCCAUCCGCAUGGGCCGCUACCGAGAGCACUUCGCGGUGGCCGGAUACUCGUCCCUGGCCAUGGUCCUGCAGAUGACCGCCGAGGAUGUGCGUGGCCUGGGGAUCACCCUCCUGGGGCACCAGAAGAAGAUCCUGAGCAGCGUCCAGACCCUGAGAACUCAGCUGCCCAGCACCAAUGGCCCACGCAGACAUCUCUAGACAGUGGCCACCGACCCCCGCCAAGCCCCAUCUGCUACUCCGGACCGGGCCGAACCAAAAACAGAGCUGGACCCCGGAGCUGCUUCUCCUGGGUCCCGCUGGGGCAGUUGCCCACAGCAGGGCAGAGGGAAGGUCAGGGUCUCCCCCCAGGGGGAACGGCCUGGGGGGGUCCUCUGGCCUUAGCCCAAAGCGGUGCUGGACCUCAGAGCCAUCCUAGCCGGCAUCAUGGACCAAGUGAGGCCCUAGCCUAUGUAGUUGCUGGGGAAGCCCGGGCUCUCCCCGGAGGCCGCUGGCUGGCCCGGGAUCCGGCGGGCUCAUCUCACUCACUCACUGCCACCCCCUCCAGCCCCUCCCCUGGCUGGGGUGAGAGUGCAGCGGUACAAGCCCUGGGGCUUCUUCCUCAGGAACGACUCACAGUCUGAGCAGAUGGCCAGCCUAAGGCCGAGUGUGUGUGUGUGUGUGUUUGUGUGGGUGUGGGUGUAGCAUGUGUGUGCAUGUAUGCUAGAGGGGGCUGUAAGUGUGAACUGUGCACACUCCUGUGCACUCGAAUGAAGGAGGGGAUCUGCGGGUGACUAUGCAUGUGUGUGCAUAUACACGCAUGUGUGCCCUUGUACUUGGGAGAAGAUGGGCCCUAGUCUGAGCAGGUGUCUGCCAUGUAUGUUUACAUGCCUGAACAUGUGUACCAUUGACCAGGCCAUGUAUAUCUGCUUGAGAGAGAGAGAGAGAGAGAGAGUGUGUGUGUGUGUGUGUGUUUGUGUGUUCGGGCCUAGGUGUUGCCCCACAGGGUUUGACUGUGAGGAGAACUGCUACUGCUGCCACCUCCACUGCACAGCUAAGGAGGUAGUCAAAGUAGGGGUUGCAUUUCCAAAAUUCACCAGCACCAACCCCCUCUGAUCCCUGCCCUGGGGUGCUGCCAGGGGUUCGGGGAGCCCCAACCUCAGGUUAGCCCACUGCAGUGGGCCAGGCCAAAAGGAGGGAUGUGGGGGAGGAGGAA